AUGCAGGACGCCGCUGGUUCUUAUGUCCUGCUUUGCACCCGUGACGAGCAUGUCUCGACACGCUCUAUCUCGCGCGUGCUGGGGUUCUCCCUGUCAAUCAUUGGCGUGCUAUGUCUGAUCUCGCUGGUCUGCAUACCAGCCCAUCCCGGGAAUCAUGACACGCUCACAAUGAUCGGGGUUACCGGAGCAUUCCUGUGCUUCUUCGGACCCAUCAUGUCCAUCGACUCGAUGGUCUACGAGAAAGCGAUUAGCCCAGGGCUGAUUCGCUUGAAGAGUGUGAUACACGUCGCCAGCCUGCCAAUAGCACCAGUCCGUUGGUUUGACGUCGACGCCUUGGAAUCACGCCUGGUGUUGAAAGAGCACAUCUACUACCGCGAUGCCGGCCUUAACGGGUGCGGCGAGCGGGCCGUCCUAAUCUCGAUCUUUGUGCUAAGAGGGCGACACGAUUUUCUGCUGUGUCGUCAUCUAGGCAUUGACGGCCCCGAGACUCGGAGGCGUGCCAACGCUCACGCGGAUGAGUUGGCAGAGCAUCUCGGCGUCAAGGUCCACCACGACCGCCGUCUGCGACUCGUUCUGCGACCAGCGGAUCGGCGCGACCUCUUCCAGAGGCGUCUCACGCAACUGGGCGAUCAACGCGUCGAGCGGCAACGAGAGCCGGCCGAUCUUCGCCGAGAGGAUGUCGAGCAACAGCUCCCCCUCGUCGGUGAUCGUCGGCCGCACCGUCAGCGAGACGAUCCCCUCGAUGCGGCUGAGCUUGCUGCGGGCGGCGAUCGUCGCCUCGCCCUCCUUGAGCAUCACCCGCGGCGCCAACAGGCCCGACUUGAGGAAGCCCGGAAAGUCACGCCGCAGGCGGAUCAUCAGCCAGCCGUUGAUCUGCCGUUCGGUGAGUCGGCUGCUCCACUCGGGGAGCGUCUGCGUGUCGCUGUAGAGGGCCGAGAGCUGGCUCUCCAGGGCCUGGCGUUCUUCCUCGGCCUCCGCCGGAUCCGCCUGGACGAUCGCCUCGUACUCCGGCACGGGCGCGGUCGCCGCCCAGUAAAGCGAGGCCGCCGUCCCCGCCGCGACGCACGCCAGGACGCCGAGCGCCCCGAGGAUGAUCAACGCCAGCCGGCGAAACCCGCUGACGGCCUGCCGGGCGCGGGCUUCGGCCUCGUCGAGGUCGUCGACGGCCUCGGCGGGGGUUUCGUCGGCGGUUGGCUGCGAGGAGUCCAUCGGCGGGCCGAAUCGUAG